AUGGCCCCUCCUCGCCGCAAGGUCCUGGCUACGGCCGAGGAAACCAUGUUCCCUCCGGACGAACUCGCCGACACACACUUGAUCGCACGUGCGAUUAAGGCUACCGGCAACAACAUCUAUCUCAUUGAGCUGCCGGACAAGAAGCAGAUGCUGGUCGAGCUACCUGCUCGCUUCCGGUCGACUUUCUGGAUUAAGCGCGGCUCUUUCGUUGUGGUCGACACCUCCACGUCGGAGGAGCGGGAUAACAAGAUCGGCGGAGAAAUUAUCAACAUCGUGCGGGACGAGAAGGCCUGGAGGAAGGCUUCCUUCUGGCCGAAGGAAUUCCCCAAGCAGGCAGUUGUCGCCGCCGAUUCCGACAGCGAGGAGGAAGAAUCUCGGGUCGGCAGGAUGCCUUCCUCGGAUGAAGAAUCCGAUGCUUGA